AUGCAUGCAGGUGGACCAAAAAGAAGCAAGUCCUUAAGAAGGAAAUUUGAUUCAUUUUCAAAAGAUAAAAAAGACAAAGCAGAAUUCUGUCCAAAGGCCUUUGGGAUUCCUUUGUACCAAGUGAUAGCAAAUGACCGAACACAGAAGCAAAAGCAAGAAUCACUGAAGGAAAGCAGGAGGGACUGCCUGAAUCUGGAGGCCACCAUCUUGAAAUUUCGAGCACAGAAAGAGAAUAAGUCUGUUGCCGGCAGAAAUGCAUCAUUAGAUUCAUCACUGGAUUUUGAAGAUGAGCCUCUUUCACCUACCUUCCUGGAUAAUGUUGCUCGAGUUCAAAGACGGGGUGCUAUGUCUGUGGAUUCCAUCACAGAUCUGGAUGACAGUCAUUCACGCCUCUUAGAAGCACUACAACUGUGCCAUCCUAAUGAACUGGAGAAUAAACGUCUAUCUAGCAGGAAUAAGAAACUGAGUUUGAAUCCUAUUUUUCGACAGGUGCCUUGCAUAGUGGAUCGGUGCUGCCAGCACAUUGAAACAUAUGGUCUACAUACUGUAGGAAUAUUCCGUGUUGGAAGCUCCAAGAAGAGAGUUCGGCAGUUACGUGAGGAGUUCGAUCAGGGCUUGGAUCUGUUUCUUGAUGAAGAGCAGUGUGUCCAUGACAUUGCUGCCUUAUUAAAGGAGUUUUUACGAGACAUGCCGGAUCCUUUGCUUCCAAGAGAGCUUUAUUCAGCAUUUAUCAGCACUGCAUCCAUGGAAAUGAGGCAGCAGCUGUCAGUUCUUCAGCUUCUGAUCUAUUUACUGCCACCGUGCAACUGUGAUACCUUGCUUCGUUUGCUGCAGUUCCUGUCCAUGGUAGCCAGCUGUGCUUAUGACUCUGUGACUCCUGAUGGAGAAGAGGUGCCAGGUAACAAGAUGACGAUUACUAAUCUUGCCACAAUUUUUGGACCAAAUUUGCUACAGAGGGAAAAGGUCCCAGAAAAGGACUAUAGCCUGCAUUCACUGGGUAUUGAGGACAGCGGCUCCAUGAUCACUGUGGUCCAGAGACUGAUUGAGAACUACGAGAACCUCUUUACAGUGUCUGCAGACAUACAAAACGAGGUCUUGAUGAGUCUUCUUCAAACUGAUCCUGAUGUGAUUGACUAUCUCUUACGUAGAAAACUGAGAACAGCUUCCUGCUCUGAUGCAGUAAGUGAAGAUAUGCCUUUGGUGGAGCAUCGGCUUUCUAACCGAUCUUCUGAUUCGAGUAACCUGUCACUUAUUGAAUAUUCUCCAACUGAGCUUCAGUGGCAUCACCAGAGAACACAAGAAGAAGAGGAAAGUCUGACCACAGCUAUUUUUCAAAAUUUACGCAAAUCACUGCACUUGCCAGAUAUUUUGGAUGACUUUAAGUCUAUGCACAGAGACUCAACCAAGAACAGGCUGAGUCCUUCUGAUGCAAUCCACAGAAAUUCCUUAAGAGCAAGGUUAACUUCUCGGUCCCAUGAAAAUCUCACUCUGAGUGACAAUCCAGUCUGUAGGGAUCAAUGGCAAAACAAUGGAUGUUUGACCCCUGACCCUAAGAGUGACAAACAUGAGCACUUAUCUGCCACGAAGUGUAAUCAAAUGACAGGAAUUGCUGAAUGCAUGUUACGUUCACAUGGUGAUAUGACAAUAAGUCAGGUGAAGGAGACACUAAACCCUAAAUCAGCUGAGAUAAGAAUGUCUCCACCUGCAUUUUGUGAGGAGCUUGCCAAAAGAAGCCCUCCAGGAACAGCAACUACCAGACAAGUACUGUCAUCUUCUGCUAGUUCUUUGCAAGAUGAAGAACCAAACAAGACCAUGCUUGAUGCAUUGCUUACAAAGGACACCAGAAGCAGCGGGUUAGAUGAGGAAGCAACAUCGUCUCCAAAGUUCUGGGAUUUUUGUACUGCUGAGACAACAGGGUCUCACAAAGAAACAGUGGUUUGACAGUUAUGCUACAGCUUGUGCAAAUUGUUACUUGAGCUUUGUGAUAUUCCAGGAAUAUUUACAUGCAGCAAAAGUUGGAUGUGGACAGACACUUUAGUUUUAAAAGAAUCAAGAGUGAGACAGGAAAAAACGCAGUGCUGAAAUGUGCACCUAAGGUGUGAAGUAGUAUUUCAUAAAAAUAAAGCAAAGGCUAAGAACAGGGCUUUUUCAGUGAUCUGUUUUUUCACAUAAACCCAACAAUUUUCCUUAACCAAACUGAAGAUUUCAGAACAUGCAGUAUCUAAAAAUCAAUAUAGUUUUAAAGUCUGAAUAACUGAGUUAAAUGAUUUGAUAUGUCAGAUAUAAUUCACAGCAGAUAAUAAAAUGGCUUUGUAAAGAUAAUGAAGGGUAGAUGGAAUGAAGCCUAGAACAUUCUUCUUAUAUAAAUGGUGUGCAGUCCUCCUUCAUCCAUCUAGUGUAGCCUAGGAAACUUGCAUUGAUUAGCAAAUAAUUCUUAAUAAACUUGCCUUUGUCAAAAAUAUAAUUUUCUUUCUACAUUAGUUCCGUAUUGCACUGGCACAUGUGGGUGUAAAAUGAUGAGUCACCUUUGUACCCUGGUCUUGUCAAUAAGCUUAAACUGACCAUUUACAAAUAUGCUGCUAAGUUGUACCAUUAAAGAAUGGCGUGGGUGUGGGUUUCAGAAGAGAUGCAUCUUUUUAAACACUAAGGUAUAUGCUUUAGUGUGUUAGCUUAAAAUGUAACUUGCACAAGUAGAUGACUUCAUUAUAAUAUCACUAUUUGUAAAUAAUACUUUAAUAGAAAAAAUAACACAUUGUUCUGUAGCAAUCAUAAAAAAAAAUUAAGUUCAGAACAAUGAGUGCAAUGGAGAAUGUUAGUCACUAGGUGACAGAUUUUGGCACAAUUAAAGAAAAAUUUUCUUUAUCGCUUGAGCGUGUAAGCCCUGCUGUCAAUAUACAUGAAAAAAUGAAGUAACAUUAGCAGCAACUUCUAGACUGAUAGGCAGUAUAAUGGAAUUAUCUGAAGCUGAAUUUACUCACGUCUACGAUUUAGUAACUCCUUAAGGUAAGUGCAUUAUAUAACAGAAGUCUCUGUUCAUAAUAUUUGUGUGGCUGUUUCUGUUCCACUUUACAGAGCAGCAUAGAUCGGCUGAUGUAAGCACCAUGAAAAAAUGCAAAACGUAAGUCUGGAGUCACCUUAGUUUUAAUUUUCUCACUAUAAUGGUUAAGUUAUUAAUAAGCAGAUUGGGUGGUCCAAGUUUGGAUAUUGUACUAUAAGAUUUAACAUGCUCCUGCCUUUCUGUAAGUUAGCCGAGACAUGAAGUGCAGCUAAAACAGGCCUUAGUGCUGGAAAUUAAGCAGUGUACAUCUUUCUUUUUUAGUAAAGCUGAUAUUAACA